UUUCUGAUAAUAUCCAACACAAACAGGAGGGGAUCAUUGAAUCGAUGGUAUAGAUGGCUGACUUCGGGCUCAACUUGCAAUUUGGUAAAACGGGGGACAAUGUCGCAUGAUGCCUCGUCAUGUGCAUCUUCCAUGGUGCGUAAUACGCACGCCCUUGGUAGGAUUUGGGAGUGGUAAUGAUGACGAUGGUGAUGACUGUACCGCCUGCUCACCACCACCCAACCCCUCUCUACAACAAGCGUAUCGCCUUCACGACCCCGCUAACGUACGCCCGGAGGCUAGGUCACCUCCUCCAACUCCACGGCUCGAAUCCUCUUUGGUGUCCAACUAUAGUCGUCGAGCCCACGCCCCGUACAAAGACCUCCAUUAAACCCUACCUACAAAACCCCCUUCUUAACUCUUUCUCUGCUAUCGCUUUCACCUCUCGUACCGGUAUAUCUGCCUUUUCCGAAUCCCUCUCCGAAACCGAAACGUCUCCAUUAUCCGAAACUGGCGAUACCUUUACCAUCUCCGCCCUGGGAAAAGAUGCAGAGCUCAUCGACCAGGGCUUCAUCUCCAAGCUCUGCAAAAACCCUGACAGAAUUAGGGUUUUAAUCCCUCCGAUAUCAACCCCAGAGGGGAUGGCCGCAUCUCUCGGGACCGGAUCGGGCCGUCGGAUCUUGUGCCCGUCCCCCCUCGUCAUCGAUCUCGAUGAGCCGCCAGUGAUUCCAGAUUUCCUCCGUGUUCUGACCUCCAAGGGUUGGGUCCCGGUUAAGGUUCCGGUGUAUGAGACGCGAUGGGCGGGGCCCACGUGUGGGACGGCGUUGAUGGAGGAAGAAGUCCUUGAUGCGAUCGUGUUCACCAGUACUGGAGAAGUGGAGGGGCUGCUGAAGAGCUUGAGGGAAUUGGGGUUUGAUUGGGGAAUGAUGAGGAAGAGGUGGCCUGGGCUAGUGGUGGCCACGCACGGGCCGGUUACAGCCUCUGGAGCAGAGAGUUUGGGUGUUGGUGUGGAUGUCGUGAGUUCAAGGUUUGGGAGCUUUGAUGGAGUGGUUGAUGCUCUUGCUGCAAGAUGGGGGGAAUUUUCGGAUGUGCAGAAAUAAAAAUGUGAUUGAAUCUGACUCAAUGUUAUGGUGGCUACUUUUAUUUAAGCUGACAACUUAGAGGCCUCUACCCAUCGGCAACAAGUGAUAAUAUGGAACACCUCAACAAGGGAAUAGCUCAGAAGGUUGCCAUAAAAGGUCACGUAUGUGUGACUGGGGCAUCUGGGUAUGUGGCUUCAUGGCUAGUUAAGCGACUCCUCUCAUCUGGAUAUUGUGUGAAGGGAACGGUCAGAGACCCAGGGAAUUACAAGAAAUUAGAGCACCUCUGGCAGUUGGAAGGAGCAGAGGAGAGGCUUCAACUGGUGAAAGCUGAUCUCAUGGAAGAGGGUAGCUUUGAUGAAGCUGUCAUGGGAUGUGAGGGUGUUUUCCACACAGCUUCUCCUGUCCUCGGAGCUAACACUGAUCCGAAGGCUGAAAUAUUGGAUCCAGCAAUUAAGGGUACGCUGAACGUGUUGAGAUCAUGCAAGAAGAACCCUUACCUCAAGCGGGUGGUCCUCACUUCGUCUUCUGCAGCUGUAAGAGCAAGAGACAAUUUUGACCCAAAAAUUCCCUUGGAUGAGUCCUCAUGGAGUUGCGUGGAUCUUUGUGAAAGGCUUAAGAUAUGGUAUGCUUUAGCUAAAACCCUGGCUGAGAGGUCUGCAUGGGAAUUUGCCAAGGAAAACGACAUGGACUUGGUGACGGUUCUUCCCUCCUUUGUCAUUGGUCCUAGCCUUCCACGCGACUUAUGUUCCACUGCUUCUGAUGUCCUUGCUUUGCUUAAGGGUGAUUCUGAGAAUUUCUCUUGCCACGGAAGAAUGGGUUAUGUUCAUAUCGAUGACGUGGCCCGAUGCCACAUCCUCGUCUAUGAAGAUGCUACUGCCAGAGGAAGGUAUCUGUGCAGCUCAACGGUGUUAGAGAACCACGAGUUAGCAUCUUUGUUGGGAGAGAGAUAUCCAUUGCUGCCCAUCCCAAAGAGGUUUGAGAGCGGGUGGAGCAGUCGCAGAUCCUAUUACGAGUUCAAUACUAUUAAGCUGAGGAGCUUAGGCUUCAAAUUCAAAAGCGUGGAAGAGAUGUUUGAUGACUGUAUUGCAUCUCUAAAAGAGCAGGGUCACUCUCUCAAAUCAGAGGCAUCUCUUCCUUAAAAAAAAUUAAUAAUUAAGUAGAAAAUGAGACUGUUCAAACUCAUUGAAUUUUAUUUUAUUAUAUUCUACAGUGAUUAGUUUAUUUCA